CAUGCGCUUUUUCCAUUCUUUUCGUACGAAUAAACUCUGAUGUGACAAGAUUUAUCAAAACUUUCAUUUAGAAAAAGGAGAAUGGCGAAAUCGGUCCAAGUAUUUGGUCGUAAGAAAACAGCGACAGCUGUGGCAUAUUGCAAGGAAGGAAAUGGUAUGAUCCGUGUAAAUGGCCAACCUCUUCAUCUUGUUCAGCCUGAAACACUGAAAUUUAAGUUGGAAGAGCCAAUAUUGCUGUUAGGCAAGGAAAGAUUUGAGGGCGUAGAUAUCCGUGUCCGAGUGAAGGGUGGAGGUCAUGUCUCACGUGUUUAUGCAAUCAGACAAGCUAUUGCAAAGUCAUUGGUCGCCUACUAUCAAAAAUUUGUCGACGAAGCCUCGAAGAAAGAGAUAAAGGAUAUCUUGACUCAGUAUGACCGAUCACUCUUAGUUGCCGAUCCAAGACGAAGCGAAGCAAAGAAGUUUGGUGGUCCUGGACCGAGAGCUCGCUACCAGAAAUCUUACCGUUGAUCUCUAUUAUUGUACUUACGUACUGUAUAGUGAAGCUAAUAAAUACCGCUUGCUGA